AUGAAAAAAGAAUUCGAUUGGUAUCAGGAAGAGAAAUACAAUGUUAAUUUGAAUGAUUUCAUGGAAGCAUCUGAUCGAUUGAUUGAUUAUUUAGAAAAAUGUUCAUUGAUUGAAAUCAGUGGUCUUAAGAAUAUUAAUUCUAAAGCAAAUAUCGAUUAUAUAGAAGAGAUACUGAACGAAUUGAAAAGAAAUUAUGAACAUUUAGAAAAAUGUUCGUUAAAAUUAGUGUCCAAUGAUAAAUUGAAAACGCACGAUCAUUUUCGAAAUGAAAUUCUAUUUGCUCAAUCCAAUAAUUCUAAUGAAUUUACGAUUAAAUAUCGAACAUUAAUUGGCAAUCAAAUCGACUCUUUCAUAAUCGAUGAAAAUGACAACAAAGUUCUAUUCGAUUUACUCAAACAAAGAGAUGACGAUGAUCAAAUCUAUUCAUUGAUUAAAUCGAAAAAGGGCUCGAUUUAUCAGAAUGAAUUCUUAUUCGAUGAACUAAUUUUCAUUGAAGUCUUUUUCAAACGAAUUAUAAACAAUAUCAACCAAAUGCCAACUGACAUUGCCAAAGAUUAUUUGAGUUCAUUCGAAAUCAUUUUCAAAAAUUCCAAUCUCAGUUGUGAUAUUUUAUUUUAUUCGAUGAAUAUUAUCGAAGUCAAUUCGAGCGGAUCAAGAGCAAUGAAUUAA